AUGUUCACAAUAUUCAAAAAAUCAGGCAUUUUCAUUACCGUGUGCCGACAUGGCUUCCUACUCACCAUCUGUGACAUGGUAAUGAAAUACCCCAUCGCUUCGGUUAAGAAGCUGAUGGACGUUUUCGGGAGCAAUAUCUUGUAUGGGUAUGACAUAAAAUGUGCCUUUGAGAAGAUCCUGCUGUGCAGCACACUUGGAGACAGUGCCAAGAGGCUCAAUGUGCAAGGUGUUGUCCCCGCUUUUCAUGGACAUACCCAUAAUCAUCUCUGUCAGCUUCAGCACCACUCCAAGCACAAACUUGGUGCUGGAAUGGAAGAUUUUGAAAUGUGCGAACAAGUCUUCUCCAAGUCCAACACAUUGGCUUCCGAAAUACGUAACGCCACUGAGUUCCACCAACACCAAGCACUCGACGAACACUUCCGUUUUGCUGAUAUGGACAGCCUUAACAUCGAUAUCUACGACUACCACUUUUCUUGGCAAUUUUCACGCUUCAAAUGCAACUCUCAAUCCUGA